AUGGCGAAGAAGAUUGGAGUGACGAUGGAAGUUGGGAACGAUGGUGUUGCUGUGAUCACCAUUUCCAAUCCUCCUGUUAACUCUUUGGCGAGUUCAAUUAUUUCUGGGUUGAAGGCGAAGUUUCAAGACGCGGAUCAGAGGAGUGAUGUUAAGGCGAUCGUGUUGACCGGGAACGGUGGAAGAUUUUCGGGUGGUUUCGAUAUCAAUGUCUUCCAAGAAGUUCAUAAGACUGGGGAUAUAUCGCUUAUGCCUGAAGUAUCCAUUGAUCUUGUGUCUAACCUGAUGGAAGACUCUAGGAAGCCGCUUGUUGCUGCAGUUGAAGGAUUAGCUCUUGGUGGUGGUUUAGAACUGGCAAUGGCCUGUCAUGCUCGUGUUGCUGCACCAAAAGCUCAACUAGGCUUACCAGAACUGACACUUGGAGUUAUUCCAGGUUUUGGAGGAACCCAACGUCUUCCAAGAUUAGUAGGUCUUGCCAAAGCAACUGAUAUGAUACUGCUUUCAAAGUCGAUAUCGUCAGAGGAGGGGCAUAAACUGGGGCUCAUUGAUGCUUUGGAAGCAGAAGUCUUUAAGCAAUUAGUACUGUCAGAUACCGCAAAGGCUCUUGUUCAUGUUUUCUUCGCGCAGCGUGCAACAUCAAAGGUGCCUAAUGUAACUGACGUUGGAUUGAAACCGAGACCGAUGAAAAAAGUUGCAGUAAUUGGUGGAGGUCUGAUGGGUUCAGGCAUCGCUACUGCUCUACUUCUAAGCAAUAUAAGAGUUGUGCUCAAAGAAAUAAAUCCAGAAUACCUUCAGAAAGGAGUAAAAUCAGUUGAAGCAAAUCUCAAAGGCUUGGUUUCUAGGGGAAAACUGACGCAAGAUAAAGCAGGCAAGGCCUUCUCUAUGCUCAAGGGAGUACUCGAUUACACAGAAUUCAAAGAUGUGGACAUGGUCAUAGAGGCAGUGAUUGAAAACAUUCAGUUGAAACAAAACAUAUUCAAAGAAAUCGAAAAGGUUUGUCCACCACAUUGCAUCUUGGCGAGCAACACAUCUACUAUCGACCUCAACAUAAUUGGGGAAAAGACCAACUCGAAUGAUCGCAUUGUUGGCGCACAUUUCUUCAGCCCGGCUCAUCUGAUGACCCUUCUCGAGAUCGUUCGUACAGAGAAAACUUCUGCUCAGGUGAUCCUUGAUCUCAUGGCGCUUGGAAAAGCCAUAAAGAAAGUCCCCGUGGUGGUUGGAAACUGCGUAGGCUUUGCAGUGAACAGAACAUUCUUCCCGUAUUCACAAGCUGCACAUAUGUUGGUCAAUCUUGGUGUUGACUUGUUCAGAAUCGACAGCGUUAUCACCUCUUUCGGCUUGCCUUUGGGUCCUUUCCAGCUUGGUGAUUUGGCUGGACAUGGGAUUGGAAUGGCAGUUAAGGAUAUAUAUGCCAAGGCCUUUGGUGACCGCAUCUUCGCCUCUCCAUUGACCGAGCUUCUGCUUAAGACCGGGCGAAAUGGCAAAAUCAACGGGAGAGGAUACUACAUAUACGAGAAGGGAAGCAAACCAAAACCUGAUCUACAAGUGCUUUCAGUUGUUGAGGAGUCGAGGAAACUUACCAAUAUCAUGCCCGGUGGGAAGGCUAUAUCAGUGACUGAUAAAGAAAUUGUAGAGAUGAUCUUGUUCCCUGUGGUGAACGAAGCAUGCCGUGUCCUAGAUGAAGGUGUUGUGAUCCGAGCCUCAGACUUGGAUGUUGCCUCUGUCCUUGGAAUGAGUUUCCCUUCUUACCGAGGAGGACUUAUUUUCUGGGCAGACACGGUUGGACCCAAGUACAUAUAUGAAAGGCUCAAGAGAUUGUCCGAGACUUAUGGCGGCUUUUUCAAACCGUCGAGGUAUCUUGAGGAAAGGGCAUCCAAUGGAAUGCGUUUGAGCGAACCGAAAUCUUCGAGGUCUCGAUUGUGA